CAUAACAAUGCUUUUUCAUUAAUGUGAGCCAGGAGAGGGUUACAGACUACAGACAGCCCUGUGUGGUAAUCAUCAGAUAAAUGUGGGGAGUGGCUGUUUGAGGAGGCACGAGAGAAAAGAUCCUGUGGUGUGGAGAGAGUGGCAGUGCAGGGUGGAACAAACUUAUUUCAGAGUUUCUCGUCCUGAUUCCUCAUGGCGUACGCAGCAUACUGGAUGAGUCUUAAAAGCGAGGCCCCUGCCUCCCCACUUGAGAUCCAUCAUAGCAACAGGUCCACAGGCUCCUAUACCACUGCAGGGUCCUACUAUGGCAAGUCGCAGCCUAGCCAGGCCACACCCAAACCGGCCGCCCAGGUCUCCACUGGGAAGCCUGCACAGUUCGAGACGGCAUCGUCAGGAUCCGCCAUGGCUACAAAGCCUGGGGUUACCACAGGAACUGGUGGAGCCACUCGUAGUGGCGUGACGGCGGGAGGAAGUGCUUCAGUUGGGACAGCGGGAAAAGCCAAAGCAGAGACUAACACUAUGGCAGCAGGUGCUACUGUUAUUGACAUGUCGUCAGCUGGGUCUACCUUUGUUGACAUGACAUCAGCUGGGGCGAGGGCUGCUCCUAAAGAGAUGUCUAAGACUGCUGCCGUCUCCCAAGUCAAAUCUACAGUUCCUUCUCCUGCCGCCGGAGUGGCUGCCGCCGCUGGUGUCGCAGCGAACACUGCAGUGACCAAACCUAAAGAGUCUCCCAAAGGCUCAGCCAAGAGUGCAACUGUUACCACAACAGUCAAGGCUGAGGUGCCUAAAGUUGAUACUGCUAAAACAUUAAAGCCAACUGCCACGGCUGGAAAUGUGCAGGGGAAGAAGAAAGUGACAGAAAUGAAGGUGCAGGUUGAGAUUCCUCCGGCAGCAGCUAAAGGAGCCAAAGAGAUCGAUCCAUUGGAUGCCCUGGCCAACAUACUGCCAUCGGUUGGUCCUGCACCCGUCCAGCCUGUAUACACGGGGCCAGAGGUCGUAGAGCAUAACAUCAUCUCCGAGAAGGGUCAGAGGGUUGGAGAAAGAGAGAGCACGCUGCCUCCAGGCUACAGAUUUGAAGAUAUGCCUCCAGUUCCUGCAGAUUACAAGCCCAAGGAUGUUCCUAAACCACUGAGCACGGACGAGGCCCUGGACUCUCUUUCAUUUGGAUUUACGACUCCAGCCGCACCCGCUGCACCAAAGAAGCAAGAGAUAAUAACUGAAAUGUCUGCAACAGUUCCUACUGUGUCUGUGUGUCCUCCUGUGGCUCCUCCAGCUGAUAAGAAAGCCAAGAUGGAUAAAUUCUCUGAUGAUUUCUCCCUGGAGUCAUGCCUUCCUGCCGCUACUGCCACGAAAGCAGCUCCUCCUGUGUCUUCAGGCAAAGCUCCUCCUGCUGACAAAAAAGCCAAGAAAGUGGACACCAAGCCCAAGACUGAUGGGGGUAACUCUAUGUCUCUAGAUGCUCUCAGCGCUCUUGUUGACACACUGCCAGAAGACAAACCAAAACCUGAUCUCCCUGAACUCAGACCUGAGGACAUCGUCUCGGAGGGCAAGCACAAGAAGGAGAAGGGUGUGUUUGUAGGAGAGACGGAUGAAUCAAUUCCUCCAGAAUACAGGUUUAAUGAGAAGGAGCUAAAAAAAUUGCCUGCUCCAAAGCCCGAGCCCGCCAUGGGUACUGCUGAUGCUCUGGACAUUUUGUCUGGAGCAUUCAUGGACUCCUCAUCAGCUCCUCCUGCUCAGAAAGCCCCUGCUGUCCCUCAUGUGGCUGUGUGUCCUCCUGCUCACAAAUUCAUGCAGGAGAAAAUCCCUGAUGAUUUCUCUCUGGAGGCUGCAACUGCCACGAAAGUCGAGUCCAACUUUGCUGUGUUUCACGGUCCUCCUGCUGGUAACAAAGCUGAAGUAGAGAAAACCACUGCUGGAAAGGACAAGCUCAAGAGCGGUCAGGGUGACUCCUUCUCUCUGGAUGCUCUCAGCGCUCUCAGUGACACGUUGCCAGCGGACGUACCAAAACCUGAACUUCCCGAACUCAGACCUGAAAACAUCGUCUCGGAGGGCAAACACAAGAAGGAGAAGGGUGUGUUUGUUGGAGAGAGGGAGGACUCAAUUGCUCCAGGCUACAGGUUUAAUAAAGAGGAACUCAAAAAGCUUCCUGUUCCUAAACCUGAGCCCACCAUGGGUACUGCUGAUGCUCUGGAUAUAUUGUCUGGAGACUUCAUGGACUCCUCAUCAGCUCCUCCUGCUCAGCAAAUUGAUUACAAACCUACUGUGUGUUACGGACCUGAACCUACUCGCAUGGCUCCUCCUCUCGUAGCUCCUGUUCUUCUUCCUACAGAGCAAAUUGAUUACAAACCUACUGUGUGUUACGGACCUGAACCUACUCGCAUGGCUCCUCCUCUCGAAGCUCCUGUUCUUCGUCCUACAGAGCAACUUGAUAUCGAACUGCCUGGUUGCUACCGAUCUGAACCUACUUGCAUGGCUCCUCCUCUCGUAGCUCCUGUUCUUCGUCCUGCAGAGGAGUACAAACUGAUGGUCUGUCAUGGUAAUGAACCUGUCUUUUACAACCCUGAUGCUCUUCCUGAAGAGAAAGCCCCAGCAGUUCCACCAAUGGCUCCCGCUGACAAAAACACUCAGAUGUGGAAAAUCCCUGAUGAUUUCAUCCCGACGACCAAAGUAGAGGACUUGUCAGCUCUUGAUAUGCUUUCUGGAGACUUUGUUUCUUCAACCAAAGCUUCUGGAGUUCAGGCACCUGCCCCUCCUGCAACCAAGAAAAAGACACCAGAGAAAACUGUUUGUCCUCUGGAGCAGCCCAACACAGUUGAUGUCUUCCAUGUACAACCACAAAAACCCAAACCCAAGACCAAUGAGCGUGACUCCUUCUCUCUGGAUGCUUUCAGCGCUCUCAGUGACACACUGCCUAAAGACGUACCAAAACCUGAACUCCCCAAACUCAGACCUGAGGACAUCAUCUCGGAGGGUAAACACAAGAGGGAGGAUGGAGUUUUUGUAGGAGAGAGGGAAUCCUCGAUUGCUCCAGAAUACAGGUUCAAUGAGGAGGAACUCAAAAAACUGCCUGCUCCUAAACCUGAGCCCUCCAUGAAUACUGGUGAUGCUCUGGACAUUUUAUCUGGAGACUUUGCCUUCUCCUCAUCAGCUCCCGUUGUCCAGGCUCCGGUCAUCACCCCCUCAGCCCCUCCUGCACGGCCCUCUGCAGACUCUGCUCUGGAUGCCUUGGCGGGAGACUUUGUUUCCUCCACUGCUGCUUCGACGGUGAAGUCCGCUGCAUGUGCUCCGACAGAAUCUGCCGCAGAUCUGGACGCAGGAGCAGAUAAUGCCCUGGAGGCCCUGGAUGCUCUGUCAGACACCUUGAAGGAUAUCACACCCGUCCCUAUGCCCGCCCCAGUUCCUGCCAAAGACAUCGUCAAUGAGGAAAAGCUGAAAGAAGAAAGGCUGAUUAAGAUGGGGGAGAGAGAAGACACAUUGCCACCAGAGUAUCGACCCACUGGGGAAAUUGGAGAAGCACCUGCAACACCUAAGGGGAAAUCAAUGGAUGAUAAGACAGCGUUGGAUCUGCUGUCCAGUGACUUCACUGAUCCUUCCUCCGUACCCGUUGCACCCGCCGCAUCCUGUGCUGCCACAAUAAAGCUGGAAGCUCCUGUGCUGGACUCAGAGCCCCUGAAGCCAAUGGCUGGUCCUGUCCUGGACUCCCUGUCUAGCACCCUGCUCCCAGACGCCCCAGAGUUCAAACCGAAGACAGACAAACCAAAGGGCAAGAGCAAGUCAAAGUCAAAGUCCAAAAAGCACCAUGCAGAGGAGCCGCCUCACACUGACCAGCUACCAACGCAGCCAAGCUCUGACGUUGUGCCAAAAUCUACAAAGAAGGGAGGCAAAAGCUAGACCACUGGGUUGUCAGCGCAAUAUGUCCCCCCGGCCACAGGGACGCGUCAGUGAGGGAGCUGCUCUCUGGAUAAUGAUUCUAUUUUUUCUAUAUUGCCUAGAAUGUAUACUGGAUGAAAGACAAACCAAGACACACACACACACACACACACACACACACACGCACACGCACACGCACACGCACACUCUGCAUGUGGUGCCUUUUCGCUCGGUUUCACAUGUAUUUAAGUAUGAAAGAUGUUGGUUUUCUGUGGAGAAUAUGAAAAGACUGUUGAAACAAGAUGGAGAAUAGAAGAAUGAAACAGAGAGGAGGGGAAACUGAGGGGAAUGAGAGAGAAAGUCGGGUGAUAAUCUUUAGUUUUUGUUGGUUGGUGGUUUGGGCGUGCUGAUGAGAGAAAGGCACAGCCCGUCAGAGUCCUUGAUGUACAUGUCAGCUGACAGAUCUUCACACACUAAUAUUACAACACACUGUUGUGACGUUGGUUGGAGCGGAGGGGGGUGUAACGUAUCGGGAUGUUUGUGCAAUCUUGACGUGCACAGAAAAGCCAAGUUUUCUAUCAUGAUGUGGUCAGAUGCCAUUAAUACACUAGUGUAAAGCUUAGUUUGCUUUUCUUGGUCAACACAUAGUUUACAUAAUUAAAUAUGUCGAGGAUUUCCAGGAGGUGUUCUGCUUAAUUAUAUAUCUAGGGAUUCUUGCAAAUGCCUUUAAAUUUCUGUAGAGAAACAUCUGUUUAAAAAACAAAAAGGUUCUUUUGUUUGUAUCUGGCCUUGUAGAAAAAAAGAAUUGCUUGUAUCCAGAAGUGCACUUAGUGAACUGAGGUGGUUACAAGCUUUUUUAACUGCCCUUGUUUGUAUACUGUAAAAAAAAAAGAAGAAAAAAAAUGUUUUUGCUCUAUUGAAGACAACACUGUUUCAUUUUUUAUGGCUUUUUAAAUAUAAGUCAAAAAUCAAUAUACGGCACCCUUGUUUUAGUUUUUCAUGUCAAAGGUUUUGUGUGGGUGUGAGUCAAAAGAUAUGAGAUGAAUUUUAGAUGAGGGAAUGCUAAUUAAAUAAAUUAAAAAAAUUAAAAAUGUGAA